UUAAUAUUUAAAUAUAUUUCCUAACAGAUUUAUUGAUGUAAAUAAGGUUGAUUAAAUACCUUAUAAUGGUAGAUGAAUCAAUAAGAAAAACACUGAGUAACAUUCCAUUAUUAAAAUCAAAUGCAGGGCCUCGAGAUUCUGAAACAUGGAGUCAAAGAUUGAAGGAAGAGUAUUUGUCAUUGAUAAAAUAUGUAGAUAAUAAUAAAAAAGCUGAUAAUGAUUGGUUUCGUUUACAAUCCAAUGAACAAGGUACUAAAUGGUUUGGAAAAUGUUGGUAUAUUCAUAAUCUUUUAAAAUAUGAAUUUAAUAUUGAAUUUGAUAUUCCAGUGACAUAUCCAACAACAGCUCCUGAAAUAGCACUUCCUGAACUUGAUGGAAAAACAGCAAAGAUGUAUAGAGGAGGAAAAAUUUGUUUAACAGAUCAUUUUAAACCUUUAUGGGCAAAAAAUGUCCCUAAAUUUGGUAUAGGUCAUGCAAUGGCAUUGGGGCUCGGACCAUGGUUAGCUGUAGAAAUUCCAGAACUUAUUGAAAAAGGAAUUGUAAAAUAUAAAAAUAAUUAAAAAAAAUCCUUUA